AUGGGCUCCGUUGUUCUUAACCACGUGUCGUCGGAUCAUAUCGACAUGAUGGGCACUGUCAAUUCGGAUUCAGUCUAUUCUUGCGCCCCAUCUCACGAAUCGAGGUCAACAUCCUCCUCCAAUACCCCCACUUCUAUUGCCCCACCGGCCGUAGGCUCUGCCCGGCUUCCUGUGCAUGCGAAUGAUGUACCGGCUUACAUCAACUCUUCUCAACGCGCUUCCUCUCACACUCCCUUGACUUCGCGACCGCCUUCAAUGACGUCUCAUUCGGAUGCUUAUCCUCCCGACCCUUACUCGACACGUACCCCACCUACGCACCAGAGCCACUCGGCCAUGGCUGAGUCCAUGGCGGGCUCAUAUUCUAACCAGUCCACGCCGGACUCUCCGCGACUUCAACCUACAUAUCGGUCUAUGCAGUCUGUGCCAGGCUCCGAGGCCAAUUCACCCAGCCGUAUUCGCGUCCAAAGCUUAUCCCACAUCCAGAGCCUCGCCAAUGAGGAGUUCCUGGGUCCGAGCUCACACACUCCCAGAACUGGAUCGCAGCAACGACAAUAUGAGAUCAGCUCCAUGCCGGUCACGGAGAUAAUCGAGAUGGUCGCUGGACUUCUGACGAAAAUCACGACCACGAAUGAUAUGCAUCACGAACAUGUACAUCGCCACAUCCCGCCGCCCGAAGGCACUUCCAACCUCAGCCCGCAGGCUACCAGCGUACUCGCGUUCCAUGGCAAGAACGUCCCAAGCAUCACAAUUUUGAGCUACUUGACUCGUAUUCACAAAUACUGCCCGACCACUUACGAGGUAUUCCUAAGCUUGUUGGUUUACUUCGAUCGCAUGACCGAGCUGGUCAACCGUGGGCAGCUCGACCAUCUGCGCCAACGAUGGGACUCGGCCGAGGAAUCCGACCCUUCAUCUCCCUCCACUGAAUCCUCAGGGGCGCACCAGAUUCAGGAUUCACCCAUGGCAACCCCGCCUCGCUCAACCGGCCUCCCUGCGCAGGACUCGCAAGGAUCAAACGCUUCUGUUUCACCCGGUCUUUCGCCUCAGUCAGAUGCCGAGGCUCUUUCACAUUUCUUCGUUGUCGAUAGCUUUAAUAUCCACCGACUGGUCAUCGCCGCUGUGACCUGCGCGAGCAAGUUCUUUUCCGAUGUUUUCUACACCAAUUCACGUUAUGCAAAGGUUGGCGGUCUUCCACUAGUGGAGCUCAACCACUUGGAACUACAGUUCCUCCUCCUCAACGACUUCCGACUGGCCAUCACGGUCGAGGAGCUAGAGUCGUAUGGGACAAUGCUCGUAGAGUUUUAUGCACGGGAGGUUGUCGCCCAACAACAACAGCAAUAUCACCGAAGUCUUCCCCGAUCGAUCGAUCCCCCGGCCGAUGGAUACUCCGACUCAAUGUACAUGCGAUCCCGCGACAAGACUCGCAAUCCUGCAGAGAUCGGACAAACCCCAACACCACCAUAA